UGCUGAUGUGUCUGAUAGUCCCUGAAGACAUCUUGGAUUUUUUCAUUUUUUUUGGGGCUGUGGGGUGUGGAAGACAGUUUGACUUCUUCCGUGUUUACCUGAAACAAGGGAGGACUUUUCUAAACGUCCAUAAUAAUUUAUCAUACCGAUAACAUAAGUAAAGUGCAGAUGUAUUGAAGUUCACGAUGAGCCGGUGAAACCAAAAAGUUAAACGAAGUCAAAUUACUGAAAGUUUUUUUUUGUUUUCCUUUUGUUUUUGUUUUGUCGAAGCUGUGUUGUGCGAGUUAACAAUGGGUUGUUGUAACAGCUCGGAGAGUAAACGUGACUGGAAACCGCUGGAGGAGCGCAGCUGCACGGAUAUUCCAUGGCUCAUCCUAUUCACGCUGUUCUGUGUCGGGAUGGCAUGUAUUUGUGGCUUCGCCAUCGCCACAGGAGGAGCGAGCAGGCUUGUCUCAGGAUAUGAUAGUUACGGGAAUACAUGUGGCCGGAAUAACUCAAAGAUAGAAGGAGUACCCCUCAGUGGUCGGGACAUGACCGAAAACAAGUAUGUUUUCUUUCUAGACCCUUGCAACCUCGACGUCAUCAACAGGAAGAUUAACUCCAUUUCCCUGUGUGUUUCCAAAUGUCCUGCUGCUGAACUGAAUACGCACAAAGAUUUGAAGCAGUUUGCUCUUAAUAAUGGCUCCCAUCUCUGCUCCUAUGAUAUUUCUCCCACAAGAUAUGUAAGCCAUUCAGAGAGAUUCAUAAAGUGCCCAAAACUUCCUGUUCAACCAAGCAAGGCUGUGCCCGUGUUCCACCGCUGUAUUCCAAUGGACAUCAGCUGCUACACGAGGUUUGCCCAUGCCGUCAUCACGUAUGUGGGCGACGACUCCGUGCUGCAUCGGGUCGUCGCCGGGGUGAUGACCAGCAAGGAGAUCAUCAUGGGUCUUUGUGUGCUGGCGUUAGUUCUCUCCUUGAUCAUGAUGGUGGUUAUUCGCUACAUCUCACUGGUAUUGGUGUGGAUUCUCACAGUUCUGGUGAUCAUCGGCUCUGUAGGUGGGACGGGGAUCCUCUGGUGGCUGUAUGCAGACCACAGACAGGCCCUGAAACAUAACACCACAUCAAUAUUGGGGGGAGAAGUGGCUUCAGACAAUGUUAAGGCAUUGCUUGUGUAUUCGAUUGGCGCUACUAUCUUCACGGUAGUGCUUUUGUUGGUGAUGUUCUUCAUGAGAAAGCGUGUGGCUCUCACUAUUUCCCUGUUCCACGUGGCGGGCAAAGUCUUCAUCCAUCUGCCCCUGCUGGUACUGCAGCCUUUCUGGACCUUCCUGUGCCUCAUGCUCUUCUGGGUUUACUGGAUAGCUGUGCUUCUCUUCCUCGGCACCACAGGCACACCAGUAAAGAAUAACGCCACCGGUCUGGUUGAAUAUCAAAUGCAAAGCCCUCUUCAGUACAUGGUGUGGUAUCAUGCCGUUGGCCUCAUCUGGAUUAGUGAGUUCAUUCUUGCCUUCCAGCAGAUGACCAUUGCCGGAUCUGUGGUCACUUACUAUUUCACAAGGAACAAGUCCCAGAUGCCAUUUACACCCAUUCUUUCUUCCAUGGCACGCACGAUUCGCUACCACCUGGGUACUCUGGCCAAAGGCUCUUUCAUCAUCACCCUUGUUAAGAUUCCCCGUCUUAUCCUAACAUAUAUCCACAGUCAGCUCAAAGGAAAGGAAAAUGCCUGUGCCCGAUGCAUGCUGAAAGCCUGUGUCUGCUGUUUGUGGUGUCUUGAGAAGUGUUUAGCCUACCUGAAUCAAAAUGCUUACACUGCAACAGCCAUCAACAGCACCAGCUUUUGUACCUCAGCCCGUGACGCUUUUGUUAUCUUGGUGGAAAACGCUCUCCGAGUGGCAGCCAUUAACACUGUGGGCGACUUCGUGCUCUUCCUUGGAAAGGUUCUAAUAGUUGCCUGUACAGGCUUUGCUGGGAUCCUGGCUUUAAACUACCAGAGGGAAUACACCGUGUGGGUGCUGCCUCUCUUCAUUGUGUGUUUGUUUGCCUUCCUGGUGGCCCAUUGCUUUCUGUCCGUGUUUGAGAACGUCGUCGACGUCCUCUUCCUUUGCUUUGCCGUGGACACAAAGUAUAACGAUGGCAGUCCUGGGAAUGAGUACUACAUGGACAAGGCCUUAAUGGAAUUUGUAGAGAACAGUAAGAAAAUGGGUCGUUUCAAAGCAGAAGAGGGAGAUGGACGGGAGAUGAAGUCCAUGACCCGUGGAGGCAUUUUUGCUUGACCAAGUGUGUGCCAGACUGCUAAUAUUAAAUAUAUUUUGUACAGAAGCACUUAAAAGUCACAGCACGUGAGUCCGACUUCGCCUUAAGUUUGAGAUUUUUCAAACAAAAUUUUUUUAACACUUGAAAUGUCAUUUUAAGUUAAGUUGACUUUUUUUUAAAUCGCUGUUGAGCUGAUAUUUCCUUGUAAGUGCUUUCUUAAUAAUGUUUGUAUUUUAACAUGGUUCAAAAUAUUUGUUUUUUCUAGAUUUUUUAAAAAGAGAUGUGUUGAAAUUCUGCCACUGUACUGUCUGAUUCAGACCAUUUUUUGGAACGUGGCUCAUCAUGUUUAUCUGUUUUUAACAAGUUGUAUAUAACUUAUUACAUUUUUCUAUUAAAAUAAAACACAGUGUGAUUGUUUAUCCACUUAAAUAAAAGCAUG